AUGCAUCAGCCUCAAUACAACCCACAAAUAUUAGUAAAUGCCAGUAAUCCGUGUGAUAUUCUACACCAAUCAAGUGCGAUUCGUUCUCGUUCUCAACCACCAUCAGUCAUUGGUUCAAUUCGUUUAACAUCCGGCAUGGACUCAUACGAUCCAACUCAAGCAACAUCUGUAGUAACGAAUGGAAAUAAUGAAUCUUAUUUACCACAAUUUAUUCCUAAAGCACCAUCACAUUUCUUUGAAGCAUGUGCAACAUUGCCAAGAAAACAACGUGGAUAUGGACGAGGAAAAAGUGGAGAUGAUUUCGACUGGGCGCCAGCUGAAUAUUUAGAAAAAGUUAUUGCCAUCUACGAUUAUGAGAGUCAACGAGAAGAUGAGCUAACAUUUCAAGAAAAUACAAUUAUAUUUGUAAUUACAAAGAAUGAUGAUGGAUGGUACGAAGGAAUCAUGCAGCCGGGUAUCAGAGGUCUAUUUCCUGGAAAUUAUGUAGAACAUUUAUUAGACUAG